AUGGAGCACGGAUCCUCCGCCACGGACCUCGAGACGCAGCGGAUUCUGGACGACUUGGAGACGAGAAGUGCUGGAGGCCACGGCUCAGGGCAGCUGCGUGAGCUCUGGCAGCUCGUGUCCUUCUGGAUGGCGCAGCCUGCUCGCCUCUCGGCUGGUGAGCAGCAGCUGCUGAGAGCGGUCGCUCAGGUGAUGACCAAGACGGAGCAGCUCGAGCUCGAGGAUACGAGGGUUCCCUGCCGGUCUCGUGCUGGUGAGCAGCAGCUGCUGAGAGCGGUCGCUCAGGUGAUGACCAAGACGGAGCAGCUCGAGCUCGAGGAUACGAGGGUUCCCUGCCGGUCUCGUGUGUGGGGAUCACCUGGUGCUGGUGAAGAAGUCGUCGUUGCCUGA